CCGGGGCGGGCUCAGUGCGUGGCAGCGGGACUGCCGGCCGCGUCGCGAAGUUUCCAGCCUGCCAGCGCCGCUGGCUGCCCGGACGUCCCCAGACCUCGGCCAUGCGGCCUCUGCUGCUCCUGGCCCCGCUGGGGUGGCUGCUCCUGGCCGAAGCGAAGGGCGACGCCAAGCCGGAGGACCAUCCCACGAGAGAAACUCCAGCUGCCCAUGACGAAGCCCACAGAGACAACCUCCUAGUCCUCACGGUGGCCACGAAGGAGUCCGAGGGGUUCCGACGCUUCAAGCGCUCAGCCCAGUUCUUCAACUACAAGAUCCAGGCGCUGGGCCUGGGGGAGGACUGGGACGGGGACAAGGAGACGUCGGUGGGUGGCGGGCUGAAGGUUCGGCUGCUGAAGAAAGCUCUGGAGAAGCAUGCAGACAAAGAGAACCUGGUCAUUCUCUUCACAGACAGCUACGACGUGGUGUUUGCCUCGGGGCCCCGAGAGCUCCUGAAGAAGUUCCGGCAGGCCAGGAGCCAGGUGGUCUUCUCGGCCGAGGAGCUCAUCUACCCCGACCGCAGGCUGGAGGCCAAGUACCCGGUGGUGUCCGAUGGCAAGAGGUUCCUGGGCUCUGGAGGCUUCAUCGGUUAUGCCCCCAACCUCAGCAAACUGGUGGCCGAGUGGGAGGGCCAGGACAGCGACAGUGACCAGCUGUUUUAUACCAAGAUCUUCUUGGACCCAGAGAAGAGGGAGCGGAUCAACAUCACCCUGGACCACCGCUGCCGUAUCUUCCAGAACCUGGUUGGAGCCUUAGAUGAGGUCGUGCUCAAGUUUGAAAUGGGCCAUGUGAGGGCGCGGAACCUGGCCUACGACACCCUCCCCGUCCUGAUUCAUGGCAACGGGCCCACCAAGCUGCAGCUGAACUACCUGGGGAACUAUAUCCCUCGCUUCUGGACCUUCGAGACGGGCUGCACAGUGUGUGACGAGGGCUUGCGCAGCCUCAAGGGCAUUGGGGAUGAAGCUCUGCCUGUGGUCUUGGUCGGCGUGUUCAUUGAGCAGCCCACGCCGUUCCUGUCUCUGUUCUUCCAGCGGCUUCUGCGCCUCCACUACCCCCGGAAACAGCUGCGGCUUUUUAUUCAUAACCAUGAGCAGCACCACAAGGCUCAGGUGGAGCAGUUCCUGGCAGAGCAUGGCGGCGAGUACAAGUCUGUGAAACUGGUGGGCCCCGAGGUGCGGGUGGCAAAUGCCGAUGCCAGGAACAUGGGCGCGGACCUGUGCCGGCAGGACCGUGGCUGCACCUACUACUUCAGUGUGGAUGCCGACGUGGCCCUGACCGAGCCCAAGACCCUGCGACUGCUGAUCGAGCAGAACAAGAACGUCAUCGCCCCGUUGAUGACUCGCCACGGGAGGCUGUGGUCGAACUUCUGGGGGGCAAUGAGUGCAGAUGGCUACUACGCCCGCUCCGAGGACUACGUGGACAUUGUGCAGGGGCGGCGUGUUGGCGUCUGGAACGUGCCCUACAUCUCGAACAUUUACCUGAUCAAGGGCAGUGCCCUGCGGGCUGAGCUGCAGCAGACAGAUCUGUUCCACCACAGCAAGCUGGACGCCGACAUGGCCUUCUGUGCCAAUAUCCGGCAGCAGGAUGUGUUCAUGUUCCUGACCAACCGGCACACCUUCGGCCACCUGCUCUCCCUGGACAGCUACCAGACCACCCACCUCCACAACGACCUCUGGGAGGUGUUUAGCAACCCCGAGGACUGGAAGGAGAAGUACAUCCAUGAGAACUACACCAGGGCCCUGGCGGGGAAGCUGGUGGAGAUGCCUUGCCCGGAUGUCUACUGGUUCCCCAUCUUCACGGAGACGGCCUGUGAUGAGCUGGUGGAGGAGAUGGAGCACUAUGGCCAGUGGUCUCUGGGAGACAAUAAGGACAACCGCAUCCAGGGUGGCUACGAAAAUGUGCCGACCAUUGACAUCCACAUGAACCAGAUCAGCUUUGAGCGGGAGUGGCACAAGUUCCUGGUGGAGUACAUCGCCCCCAUGACGGAGAAGCUGUAUCCAGGCUACUACACCAGGGCCCAGUUCGACCUGGCCUUUGUUGUCCGCUACAAGCCUGACGAGCAGCCCUCGCUGAUGCCCCACCACGAUGCCUCCACCUUCACUGUCAACAUCGCCCUGAACCGGGUCGGGGUGGAUUACGAGGGCGGGGGCUGUCGGUUCCUGCGUUACAACUGCUCCAUCCGAGCCCCACGGAAGGGCUGGACCCUCAUGCACCCCGGACGACUCACGCACUACCACGAGGGACUCCCCACCACCAAGGGCACCCGCUACAUCGCGGUCUCCUUCGUCGAUCCCUAAUCGGCCAAGCCUGGCCACUUCGGACCUUUUCCUCGUUGCCAACAACCACUGCCCAGCAGCCUCUGGGGCCUUGGGGUCCCAGGGAACCUGGUCCAGCCUCCGGGUUCUUGACCUCCCAUUGCUUUCGGAGCCGCCAUCGGAGAGACUGGGCCGCAGGCCAGAGGCAGAGCACACCUCCUUGGCUGGGGCUUUCCUGGUGUUCUGCUCCCCACCCCGGGAGAUGGGGUCCACGCUCACUGCCUUGUAACAGCUCAUCCUCUCCCACCUGUUCUCCUGAAAAGCCCGGUCCCUCUUCCUCUGCCUCUUCCAUGGGGCCAGACCUGAGCAGAACCGGGCUUCCCCAGCUGCCCAGAGAGACUCUAGGGGCCAGAAGCCAUGCCCCAGAGCUCCCAGGCGGGGCUGCCACCCGGGAACUUCUGCUUCAAGCUUCAGGGUAGACACAGAGACCUGGAUGAGACUCAAGUCCCCUCCCUGAUCCUGGGCCUGCUGAAGCCCCUUCCUCCAUGGCUCCUGUCAUGAGAGCAAAACAUUGUCGCCUGGAGACGGUGACUCGGAAAGCCUCCUGGGAGACAGGAAAGGCAUCGAUGCCACAGCUCCAUCCUCUACUUGACCCUUGCUGGCGGGAAGGGAGUGAUAUGUCCACACACUGCACUGUGUCAUCCUGUUCCGGAUGCCUCCGGAGAGAGGGACGGACAGUCAGAAACAAGGGAGUUUCUAUUAAAGGCCAUCCAAACCA